GUCAGUUGCUGUUACAUUCGAUAAGUGAAAAGACACGAGAGCUGCGCCGACAUGCGUUUUAUGACAGUCAUGCUGAUCUUAUGCUUAUAUUCGUUUAUUUCCUGCACAAUGGCCACGAGUUUAAACAAUCCAUUAUUAGCGGUGUCAGGAAGCAUCGAAAAUUUUUCUGUUAAUUUUUUUAAGACAGUGGCGCAUAACAGCAAUUACGAGAAUCUCAUCAGUUCACCCGCAAGUGCCCAUAUUAUCCUGUCAAUGGCUGCGUAUGGGGCGAAUGAUAAAACCGCUUUACAAAUGCAAAAAAUCCUACAUUUGCCUAAUAAAAAGAGCGAUGGUCAGCAAGGUUUUCAGACUCUGUUGGAGCAUUUGAACGUCAGUAAUAAAGAUGUAACGUUUAACAUGGCCAGUAGAAUAUAUAUAGCCAACAAAUAUCAAUUGAAAAACAAGUAUAAAGAAAUGAUCAAUAACUAUUUCUUUUCUAAUGUCUGUGAGCUAGACGUCACCACGCCACAAAAAUCUGCACAAUUGAUUAAUGCUUGGAUCGAGAAGCAAACUAGUAAUAAGAUUCAUGAUAUUGUCGCAGAUGGAGAUAUCACUGCGAAUACUUACAUGUUUCUCUUGAAUGCUAUAUAUUUUAAAGGAAAUUGGAAAAAGAGUUUCUUAGAGAAAUCAACUGAGAAUAAAAGCUUUUAUAUUAGUAAGAAAAUAAAAAAACAAGUACCAACUAUGUUCAAUUAUGAUGAGUAUGUUAAUGGUAAUCUUCCAGAUCUUAAAGCUCAAUUCAUUGUAUUACCUUACAGGAACAGUGACUUAUCAAUGGUUAUCAUUAUACCAAAUAGGAUCGAAGGCUUAAAUAAUUUAAUUAGAAAUUAUAAUUCGUUAAAUUAUACUCGUCUUGAUAAGGAUGGCAUUUUCGAAAAAGUCUAUGUGUAUCUACCGAAAUUUAAGUUCGAGAGCACAAUCCAUUUGAAAGAACCAUUGAAACAGUUAGGGCUAACAGAAAUGUUCACUGAAAAAGCAAACUUCUCUGGCAUAAGCAAUAAUCCAUUGUUAGUGAACUCAAUUAUUCAAAAGGCUUUUAUUGAUGUGAACGAAGAAGGUACCGAAGCUGCAGCUUCAACAGUCUCUAUGAUGGUUCCGUAUUCAUAUAAUUCAAAUCCUCGUACAAUAAUAGUCAAUCGACCGUUUUUAUUCCAAAUAAUUGAUACUCGAAAUAAAUUGACCCUAUUUAUUGGAGCAGUUACUGAUCCAGAAAAACACUAGCAUUUCUAUCAAAUUAAAUUUGAUAUGAAAGUAUUAAAAUUUAAUUUAGUAUUACUUCGCCUUCAGUAUUUUUUGCAUUUCAUGAAAUUAUUAAAGCAGUUGAAAACAGAGUUUAC